GGGAAGGGCAGAGGAAGAGAGAGAGAGAGAAGCGGACUCCCUGUAAAUAUUUUAGGCUUCGUAGGCCAUAGGUCUCUGUUGCAGCAGUUCAACUCUGCUGUAGCCAUAAAUGAGUAUGGAGAGGAGAUUGUGGCUGUACCCAAUAAAAUUUUAUUUACAAAGACAGCUGAUGAUGGUUUUAUACUAGAUUGCCAGUAGUUAAAAUUAUUUCUUUUUUUUCUUUCUUAGUUGCAAGAAGCACAAGAUGGACAUGCAGAGGCUGCUUGAAGUUGAAAAUGACAAGUUAAAAGUUACAGUCAAAAAACAAGCGGGCAAAAUUGAACAACUUCAGGAAAACCUGUUAAGUACAAGUUCGACAGAAGUAGCAUCUCAGGAAAGGUUAGGACAGUUAAGAGAAACUAAUAAUGCUUCAAUAAGAAGUCAAAUGGAACUCCGAAUUAAAGAAUUGGAAUUUGAACUAUCCAGAAUGAAAAGUUCUCGAGAAGAUUUUAAUAAACCAGAAUUGGAAAAAUACAAGCAACUCUACGUAGAAGAAUUAAAAGUUCGAACGUCAUUGACAAAUGAACUGAACAAGACUAAUGAGAAGCUGGCAGAGAGCAGUACCAGACUUCUGGUGGAGAAACAGCAAAAACAGUCUUUGAUUAAUACUAUUACUAUGAGGCCUGUCCUAGACUUGCCUUCUGUUAGAAAUAUUAAUAAUAGUUCACUGCUCAAUAGAAAUGUUGGUCCAAGAGAAAACCUAGUGAUUCUUACCCCACGCUCACGGCCUACAAAUAAUGGCAUUGAGACUUUCUUGACCAAGGUUAGUUAUGUUAUCUUUUUUUCUUGGGUUUCAGAUUUCUGAUAGAAUUUUUGUUUUUAAUUUGGUGAAAUUCUAAGACUACUUUCAGGGAUCAUUUCUAUAGUUUGUUAAUUUGGUGAAAUUCUAAGACUGUACUUUCAGGGAUCAUUUCUAUAGUUUGUUAAUUUGGUGAAAUUCUGAGUUGUUUGACUAAUGCACACUAAGUGAAAGUCAUAAUUAUAUGUGCUAAUAAAGAAAUGAGACAGAAAUUUUAUGAUAUUUUUUUAGUUCCUGGAGCUCUUACUUUCAAGAGAUACCUAUUAUUAGCUUUAUUUAAUAAAUAUAACUAAACUGACAUAUUUUAUUAUUUUUUUAAAGAUU